ACACUUACGUAUGUAAAGACAGCAUAAACCAAAAAGUUCUCUUUCUGAUAUUUAAACACUAGUAAGUGUAAGAUACCAUGGAACAGUUGAGGCUAGUAAGAAUCUCUGGAGAUUGUCUGGUCUAACCCCCUUGCUCAAAGCACGAUCAACAAGAGCAGGUUGCUCAGGACUUUGUCUUGUGGGUUUUGAGUAUCUCCAAGGACGGAGAAUUCCACAGCCUCUCUGGGCAGCCUGUUCCAGUGUUUGAUCACCCUUACUGUAAAAAAAAAUAAAAAAAAAAUUUCUUCUUAUGUUAUGGGGGCAGGUUCAAAAGCCUGACUAAAGUAGUAGUAAAUAAUAUCCCCUGUCUAACCCCAUCUACCAAGUCAGUCAUCUCAUCGUAGAAGGUUGUCAGGUUAGUUGAAUAAGCAUUAUUUCUCCUUCCCAAGUCUAGGCUGACUGCUUCUGAUCACCAUCUUUUUUUUCUUUUUUUUUUUUUUUUUUCCCCAAGAGUAUUUGGAAGUUAUUUUCAAGGUUAUUUGUUCCAUUGCCUUCUCAAAGAUCAAGUUGAGGCUGACUGGCCCCAGGUUCUCUUUCUUGUUCUUCUUGAUGAUUUGGUAGAGCCUUCUGCAUCUGACUUGAAGGCACAAGGAAAAUGAACCAUUUCACACAAAACUCUAUGCAGAAUUAUAGUUUGGUAUGCAGUUAUAUGGGGAUUAAUACACAUAUAUAGAUUAAUAAUUAAUAAAUGAAGUUACUUACAAUACAGUUAAAAGUGCCCCCUUGUUUUCAUGUCUCAUUCCUUAAUAUUGCAUCUUUCUUGUUUCUACUAAUGUCAGGGAUGUUUUAUAGUCUUAAUUUAUAGACAUGUUCUGAACUUCUGAUUAAAAACAAGCUAUUAAAGUUUUGGGUCCAGUUGUCCAUCUCAAGCAAAAAGAUGCAGACAUUCCUUAAAUGAGACACAACUAAAUUUUAAAUAUAUUUCACUGGAUUGGAAUUGUCUUGUAAAAUAACAUUUUAAGCAGCCCCAGGUAAUACUUUUUACCUGAAACAUUCUUUGAUUCUCUCUAAACUUUUGAUUUGGGCAAGUGUAUUUCUCUGAAUUAAGUGGCUUCAUUGGCAGAGGACUGAAACAUGCAACAGAGUUAAUUUGCCUUAACAAGCAGCUUUGUGUCAUCUGAACCACAGUGACUGAUCUUGAACAUGUUUUUAACUUGUGGCAAAUACAAGAUAGAAUGUAUUAGCUCAUACCUUAAUGAGAGAGUUGAAGCAAGUGCAUUUUAUCUUACAUCUGUAAUGACCUAAGAAUGCACAGAUAGUUUACUGUAGCUUAGUAAACACAUGGUAUUAAACUCAUGCAUUAGAGCCCUAACUCUUUCAUAAAACAACAAUUUGGAUGAGACACUGGCCAAUCUUCUUCAUUAGGUAUGUGAUUUUUAAAUGUUUAGGAGCUCGUGACUCAUUAUCUGGCCACCUCUGCUUGUUUUGCUGAUGCUUUUGCUCCAGGACUAAAUGGGGCAAAAGUGACUUUCUGAAAAGUGCAGCAAAAAGCAGUCCACAAUAGACCAGCACAGAUAAACGUGUGGUGGUUCUUUAGCAAUAAAAUACUGAUGGGUAAUGGCAUGUGUCCAGUUGAUCACAUCUGGCAUGUUGAAAUGUAGGUGCCUACAACAUAUACCAGUUCUUACAGGGGUGUUUCUCCCCUUUCCUGUUUUGCUUUGGUGAAGGAUGUUUUAUUUUUUUCAACCCAAGUCUCAUCCCUCAAUAUGGUUUAGAUCACUUUUUAAAGGUAUUUUGUCUUCUGUAUGCAUUCCUCUUAUAUCCUUCCACAUUUGACUUAAUGUUGCUUUAAUUUUCUCUGAAUAAAGUGAAAAAGACAAUUACUAGAUUUUUUUAUUUAUCAUGACCCCUUAUUCUUCAGGGAUGGGAAUUUUGGCUUAGAGAGAUCUUCUUAUUUUACCCACUGGAAAUUAUACAAAGCCUGCUAAAGAAUCAAAAGACAGGCUGAAGGGAGGUGGUUGUUUCCACUCUUUGGUGGUACUUAACUGUUCUUCAGGUGGUGGUAUCAUUUGAUUUUAAUUCUUCCCAUGCCUUGUGCCAGCUACUCUCUUUGCUUUGCUCCCGUCUCUCUUGUUUCCUGAUACUGCUUCCAGUGAAUUCCUCAUUGCUUCCUGUUCUGUCCUCCUUGGCUGAGUACUGCUAAAGCUGAACUUUCCUCAGAUCUUUGUCCCCUCCUCUUGACACAGAGCCUUUGGAUUGCAACCGUUAAGCCUUUUCUUAAAGGAGCAGUUUCCAACUAACUGUUGUCUGAGUAUCAGUUGAUAAGGAAAAUAGCUGUUGCUUUAUCUCUGACCUCUUAAGUAUUUUUCACAGAUGGCUGGGAGACAGCAAACAAACUCUGGUCUACUACAACUGUGCUUUAAAGAUCAGUAAGUGAGUGGACUGUAGAUGUUGCUGCUUGUACAUCAGUGGUAGAACUUCGAGUUGCUACAGCAAUGCUUAAUAGCUUGAGGACACAGCGAAAGGUUACUGCUUGUUUUAGUAGGAAAAGGAGUCUAAGAAAUGUCCUACUAGCUCAGCAGACUUUGAGAAAGAGUGUAACAGUCAAGCUUGUUAUGACAGGUUGAUGAGCAGUUUAGGUUGAGACCAUCUUCAAAUAUUCAUUACCAUACAGGGGUUUUCAUGCUUUAAUACUAGUAAUUUUGAUAGCUGCCAGAUAGCUUCUUGGAAGACUCACCCUCUUUUUGCCCCUCCCUUCUCAUGAUUCAUCUGGUAGUGUCUGAUACAGCCAGCUGUAAGAGCAACAUGUGAGUAACAGGCAUUUCACGUACCAUGUGUAGCAAUAGCUUCAUAUCCACAUGCAUGACUACCCUGAACUUCUCCAUGGACUGGCAAGUGCAUGUACUAAAAGAAUGGUCUGUUGAGCUAAAACCCUUACAAAGCAUGAUUUGAGGGAAGAUGUCAUUAGAUCAUAAAAAGACAGGGGAUUUGGCUUCUGUGCAAUUAACAGCAACUCCAAAUAGAUGGGAGGUCUUGUCUGCAGCUCCUGCCACUAUAAAGGAUGAAGCUGGUAAUAUAGUACAGAUUCCAGGUGCUGCCACAGUAACUUCAAGUGGGCAGUAUGUCCUUCCUAUUCAGAGUUUGCAAAAUCAACAAAUCUUUUCUGUUGCACCAGGAUCAGAUUCGUCGAAUGGUACAGUGUCUAACGUACAAUACCAAGUAAUACCCCAGAUCCAGACAGCGGAUGGUCAACAGGUUCAACUUGGCUUUGCAGCCUCUUCUGAUAAUAGCAGUAUAAAUCAAGAAACUGGUCAAAUUCAGAUCAUUCCUGGCUCUAAUCAAGCCAUCAUUGCCUCUGGAACACCUUCAGCUAAUAUUCAGAAUAUCUUAUCACAAUCUGGUCAAGUCCAGGUUCAGGGAGUCGCAAUUGGUGGUUCAUCUUUCCCUGGCCAAGCACAAGUUGUUGCUAAUGUCCCUCUUGGACUGCCAGGAAAUAUUACUUUUGUACCCAUCAAUAGUGUUGAUCUAGAUUCUCUGGGACUUGGCAGUGGUUCUCAAACCAUGACAGCAGGCAUUAAUGCAGAUGGGCACUUGAUAAAUACUGGACAGGCCAUGGAUAGUUCAGAUACUUCUGAAAGGACUGGUGAGCAAGUUUCUCCUGAAAUUACAGAAACCGCCACUGAUAAUGACUUAUUUGUGCCAACAUCAUCUUCAUCACAAUUGCCCGUUACCAUAGACAGUUCAAGUAUAUUGGAACAAAAUGCAAACAACUUGACCACAACUAGUGGUCAAGUUCAUAGUUCUGAUCUUCAGGGAAAUUACAUCCAGACAUCAGUCUCUGAUGACACACAGGCUCAGAAUAUUCAGGUCUCCACAGCACAGCCAAUUGUACAACACAUACAGCUUCAAGAGUCUCAGCAGCCAACCAGUCAAGCCCAGAUUGUACAAGGUAUUGCGCAACAGACAAUCCAUGGUGUGCAAGCAAGUCAAAGCGUAUCUCAUCAGGCUCUUCAAAACCUUCAACUGCAGCUGAAUCCUGGAACUUUUUUAAUUCAGGCACAAACAGUGACCCCUUCUGGGCAGAUAACCUGGCAGACAUUUCAAGUGCAAGGAGUUCAGAACUUGCAGAACUUGCAAAUUCAGAAUGCACCUGGUCAACAAAUAACUCUAACCCCUGUGCAGACUCUCACUCUUGGUCAAGUUGCAGCAGGUGGGGCGUUGACGUCAACUCCAGUUAGUCUAAGCACUGCUCAAUUGCCAAAUCUACAGACAGUUACAGUAAACUCUAUAGAUUCUGCUGGUAUUCAGCUGCAUCAAGGAGAAAAUGCUGGCAGUCCUGCAGAUAUUAGGAUUAAAGAAGAGGAGCCUGAUCCAGAAGAGUGGCAGCUCAGUGGUGAUUCUACACUGAAUACCAAUGAUCUAACGCAUUUGAGAGUACAGGUUGUAGAUGAGGAAGGGGACCAACCACAUCAAGAGGGAAAAAGGCUGCGACGAGUAGCUUGUACAUGUCCCAACUGCAAAGAAGGUGGUGGAAGAGGCUCCAACUUGGGAAAAAAGAAGCAACACAUUUGUCACAUACCAGGAUGUGGCAAAGUAUAUGGGAAAACUUCACAUUUGAGAGCUCAUCUCCGCUGGCACUCUGGAGAGCGUCCAUUUGUUUGUACUUGGAUGUUCUGUGGCAAAAGGUUCACUCGCAGUGAUGAGCUUCAGCGACACCGAAGAACACACACAGGUGAGAAGAAAUUUGUCUGUCCAGAAUGUUCAAAACGCUUUAUGAGAAGUGACCACCUUGCCAAACACAUUAAAACACAUCAGAAUAAAAAAGGUAUUCACUCUAGCAGUACAGUGCUGGCAUCAGUAGAAGCAACACCUGAUGAUACUUUGAUUACUGCAGGAGGAACAACACUUAUCCUUGCAAAUAUUCAACAAGGUUCUGUUUCAGGAAUAGGAACUGUUAAUACAUCUGGCACCAGCAAUCAGGAUAUUCUUACCAACACUGAAAUACCUUUACAGCUUGUCACAGUUUCGGGAAACGAGACAAUGGAGUAAAUAUUACACAAGAUACCUAUUAAUUGUGGUUAUUUUUAUACAGUAGUGAGAAGAAUAUUGUUCCUAAGUUCUUAGAUAUCUUUUUAUUGAUGUGCAAAAAUUUUUGGAUUGACAGUAACUUGGUUAUACAUGACACUGAAAUGCCUUACUUUGUAUGAUAUUCCAUAGUAUAUUAAAAUGGUAAAAUUGCAUGGGUUUUGUAGGUACUUUUGGAAUCUAGAAGAGAUGAAAUUUUACCAAGUUAUAUUAAAAAAAAAAAGAAUUUAAUGAUGGAAAUGGUAGUCUAACCAAAUGCAUCAAUCCUGUGUGGUUUAGUGUAAAAAAAUGAGAACAUGUUGGUAUUUAUCUAUUGUAAGAUAAAAGAAGUUGAUGGGUGAAAAGAAAUCAUGUUAUGAUAAAAGAAAUUUUGUAAUUUUCUUGAUGACUGGAAUUUUUAUUAUGCAUAACUGACAAAUCAAGUUUCCAAGCAAAUGUUACAUAGUGUAGGCUUUACUUAGCUCAUCAACUUGUCAUUUUGAAGCUAAUUAUUUUAAUUAGGUUAACUAUGUACAAUAUUUUAAGCAUUACUCUUGUAAGAUUUUGAAAACUACAUUUUAACAUGGAACUCUAGGGAUAGUCACCUUUUAAAUCCUAUUGAAAAGCCAUGUUUAAGAUUUAAUUUGCCAAAACGAUGUCUUGUUAAUAUUCUUUCAAUAACCAAGGUGGGCAAUAUAACCAAUGUUUAAAAAGCUUAAAAUGUUAAAAAAAAUAAGUAUGUAUAGGUUGAGGCAUUUGGGUGGUAAGGCAAAUGUUAUAGUGAAGUAUAUCCCUUCUUUUGAACAUUGGAGGACCAAAAAUAAGGUGUAUUGCGUCUCAGCAGUGAUUUUUAUCAGAUCUUUUUCCAAAAACAUCUGUCUGCCAGGGCCUUAAAAGCCAUCGUGUAAAUUACCAGUAAAAUAUAACAUAUGCAAAUACAACAGAAAAAUCACUUCCAUAUUGACAGUACUCCCAAACAUAUGGAUAUAGUCAUAGUGAACUAGGGGUUUUAUGAGGCUUUUAUUUGUUUGUUGUUUAGUUUUUGGUUAGUCAAUCUGCAUUUAAAUAUCAGCCAUCUUUCCUUUUUUGCUUCUUCCCUUAAAAAUUGUAUGUAUCCAGUACAUUUAACUGAUAAACAUAUAUGUUUUUUAUUAUGCUGAAUUUUCUUUUUAUUUUUUAAUUACUGUUUAUAUUUUCAAUUAUAGAAAAAUGUACAAAAUGAAGUUAUAUAGCCAGUCUGUAAGUGCUAUACCAUUUUCAAAAAAUGUACAACAAUAAUUACUGCAGUUCACCUAUUUACAAACAUUUGGAAAUCUGUUCAUUUGUUAUUCUUAAAACCACCUCAAAUUUAAAGGCUACCUUAUUGUACGUUUAAAGUGUAUUAUAACAGUGUGGUAGUUAAUAAAACACUAUUUUUUUUUCUUUUGA